AUGGAAAAGAUUGUUGCGUUAAGAGAGCCUGAAGUUGUGGCAUCAAAAGAGUCCAAAGCUACAGAUCCUGAUAUUGAAGCUACAGAUCCUCAUCCUGAAAAAGACUUGCAAGAAGGCAGACAAGUGGGAAGUUGUCCGAAAAGAAUGAAAACAAAACAGAAGACUGCACCUGAAGAUGACAAAUUUUUAGAAGCACUUAACAAAUCCAUAAAAAGUAGAGAACAACAUGAGCUUGGAAGUCAAGAUGAAGACAGUUUAUUCAUGCUGUCUUUAGUAAGCACCUUAAAAAAGUGCCUCCUGCGAAAAAUAGCAACCAAAAUAAAAAUAAUGACAAUUCUUGAAGAAGCUCCCCGCUCUAUGCCCAACAUUGAUGACAGGCAUAUGCCAUCAAAGCUAUUGGUCACAACAAACAGAACCGACGCCUUCUCGAAGUUAUCACCCUGGAUAUUCUACUGUUCGCGAAGAAACCCUAUCAAUGAUGGAAUACAACACUGA